GUGGGCAGUGAGAGCGGCGCGGCGCUGAGUGCUGGCGGGCUUCGCGGAGACCCCCGAGCCGACGCGGCGGGCGCCCGGGGUUGGGGAAUCACCGCCGGUAGCCAUGACCCUUGCAGUCUGUCCCUCCGCCUCCGCCCGGGGAGUCUAGUAUCCCCCGGGGUCGCGGGCAGCCGCGGGGAGAGGCGGCCGCUGCUCCCCGCGUCACCCUUGGCGCCCUACCGCACUCCCGGUCCCGGAGCUGGGAGCAGCGCGCCCCGGUGCAAACUGGGGGUGUCCGCCGGACCCGCCGCCGCCCGGGGCUCUGGCCAUGGCCUGGCGGGGCGCCGGGCCGAGCGUCCUGGUGGCGCCCGGAGGCGUCGGGCUCCGUGUGGGACUCCUGGUGCUGCGGUUGCUGCUGCUCCUCGGGCCGGCCCGGGGCUUCGGGGACGAGGAGGAGCGGCGCUGCGACCCCAUCCGCAUCUCCAUGUGCCAGAACCUCGGCUACAACGUGACCAAAAUGCCCAACCUGGUGGGGCACGAGCUGCAGACGGACGCGGAGCUGCAGCUGACCACGUUCACGCCUCUCAUCCAGUACGGCUGCUCCAGCCAGCUGCAGUUCUUCCUUUGUUCGGUUUAUGUGCCAAUGUGUACAGAGAAGAUCAACAUCCCCAUCGGCCCAUGUGGUGGCAUGUGUCUUUCAGUCAAGAGACGCUGUGAACCUGUCCUCAAAGAAUUUGGGUUUGCCUGGCCUGAGAGCCUGAACUGCAGCAAAUUCCCACCACAGAAUGACCACAAUCACAUGUGCAUGGAAGGGCCAGGUGAUGAAGAGGUGCCCUUGCCUCACAAGACCUCCAUCCAGCCGGGGGAGGAGUGUCACUCUGUGGGAACCAAUUCUGAUCAGUACAUCUGGGUGAAAAGGAGCCUGAACUGCGUUCUCAAGUGUGGCUACGAUGCUGGCUUAUACAGCCGAUCAGCUAAGGAAUUUACCGACAUAUGGAUGGCGGUGUGGGCCAGCUUGUGCUUCAUCUCCACCGCCUUCACCGUGCUCACCUUCCUGAUCGAUUCCUCCCGGUUUUCCUACCCUGAACGCCCCAUCAUAUUCCUCAGUAUGUGCUAUAAUAUUUAUAGCAUUGCUUAUAUUGUCAGGCUGACUGUAGGCAGGGAAAGGAUAUCCUGUGAUUUUGAAGAGGCAGCAGAACCCAUUCUCAUCCAAGAAGGACUUAAGAACACAGGAUGUGCAAUAAUUUUCUUGUUGAUGUACUUUUUUGGAAUGGCUAGCUCCAUUUGGUGGGUUAUUCUGACGCUCACUUGGUUUCUGGCAGCAGGACUCAAGUGGGGUCAUGAAGCCAUUGAAAUGCACAGCUCGUAUUUCCACAUUGCGGCCUGGGCCAUCCCUGCCGUGAAAACCAUCGUCAUCCUGAUUAUGAGACUGGUGGAUGCAGACGAACUGACUGGCCUGUGCUAUGUCGGGAGCCAGAACCUCGACGCCCUCACGGGCUUUGUAGUGGCUCCCCUCUUUACUUACUUGGUGAUCGGAACCUUGUUCAUUGCUGCAGGCUUGGUGGCCUUAUUCAAAAUCCGCUCAAACCUUCAGAAGGAUGGGACAAAGACAGACAAGCUAGAGAGGCUGAUGGUGAAGAUCGGUGUCUUCUCAGUGCUAUACACAGUUCCUGCAACCUGUGUGAUUGCCUGCUAUUUCUAUGAGAUCUCCAACUGGGCCCUCUUUCAGUAUUCUGCAGAUGACUCUAAUAUGGCAGUGGAGAUGUUGAAAAUCUUUAUGUCUUUGCUGGUGGGCAUCACUUCAGGCAUGUGGAUUUGGUCUGCCAAAACUCUUCACACCUGGCAGAAAUGUUCCAACAGAUUGGUGAAUUCUGGGAAGGUAAAGAGAGAGAAGAGAGGGAAUGGUUGGGUAAAGCCUGGGAAAGGCAAUGAAACUGUGGUGUAAAGUCAGCUAGUCUCCACAUGUUCCUCAUUUUGAAGGAGGGAACACCAGCAGUUCUGUGGUAAUGCUACUAAGCUUUCUAUGCAGUGAAUCUCAAUACGAACAAACUAGCAACACUUAAAAACAACCCCCCUCAACUUCCCACCCCUCACUCUCAUCCCAGCAUCAUAAAAACCAAUGAUUUUGCUGCAGACUUUGGAAUGAUCCACAAUGGAAAAGCCAGUUAAGGGCUUUCAAAGCUGUGAAAAAUCCAAAUGUUGAUCACUUUAGCAGGUCACAGCUUGGAGUAUGGAGAUCCUAGCUCCACUCCAGGAAACCAGGGCGAUACUGUUUUUCCCUACAAGGUGGGAUCUGUUCUAUGAGUUGGUAACUUACAGGGGAGAAAGAUUCGUUUUUUUUAGCCCUUAAAAAUUUUAAAUACUAACUAGGUCUUGCAGUUAACAAAGUGAUCUGUAAACACUGGAAAUGCUCGGUUUGGAGAAGUGUUACAAGAGUUUUAUAGUUUGGCUGAUCUAACAUAAACAUCUUCGUGGUACACUGUCUGCUGUUUAGAACUUGGUGGAUUGCACUCCCAAGAGGUGGUGUCAAAAUCUUUCAGUGCCUUUGUCAUAAAACAGAAUUGUUUGAACAAACAAAAGUACUGCACUAAUGCACAGAAAGUAUCCAGUGAGUUUUUAUUCUCUUUCCUCCUCUCUUAAAAUUUAACAUCCUUGUUCUAGGCGGCUGCUGUUUUCUUGAUUUACACUAAUGAUUUUUUUAAAAAGGUAUUUUUAUAGGAAUUUUUGCACUGCAGCAUGCCUAAUGAGGGGAAAAGGAAAGGUGAUUUGCUUUCUGACAAUCACUUAAUUCAGAGGAAAAUGAGAUUUACUUAAGUUGACUUACCUUACCAACCCCAGAGACCUAUUGCAGUAGUAAGCAAUAGGAGGACUUAAUAUAUUUUUCUUCAUGUGAUUGCAUCUAUGCAGACGCCAGUCUGGAAGAACUGAAAUGUUAAAUUUCUUGGCAACUUGGCAUUCACACAGAUUAGCUGUGUAAUUUGUGUGUGUCAAUUACAAUUAAAAGCACAUUCUUGGGCCAUGACACAGUAUACUCAACUGACUUUCAAACUAUGGUCAGCUCACAUUCUUAGAAUGAUAGUGCCUUUUUUUCCCUCGUAGCAUAAGAAUGUUAUCAGAGUCUGGUCUGCUUACCACAAUGGAGACUUAUUCAAUUAUGUAAAGGGGACUAAGGACAGUUAAUCCAACUACUUGGUGUAUGAUUGUUUCCUAGUAAUUGGCAAAGGCUCCUUAGAAGAUUUCAUUGGAGGCAGUGUGGCCUGCAGUAUUUAUGUGGUGCUUAAUGACUCUCCAGAAUGCCAGCCAGGAGCUGGAUUGGUUAGCAGGGAAUAAAUAAAGUGUAGACCAUAUGAAAUGAACUGCAAACUUUAACAGUACAGGUCUUAAUUGCCUUUUGUGGAAGUAUCCAAAGCUUUAAAAUUUUAUGUUUCGGUCCUCACAAGGGGGUACCUCCUAACAGUCUACUCAGAGUGGCUGUUCUUUUAAAAUGGUGACUGGUCUUUUCUCUGAAACCACUGUAGGCCUUCUGAUCACUAGAUCUCUCGGACAAAAUGUUGUGCACAUCAUAGGUUGCUCUCCUCGUAAUCCAUACCUGUCUUUGCUUCAGCAAUUGUACUUUAAUCAUUAUUUAUUAAUUUAUGCCUUAAAAAAAAAACGAAUGGGAAAACUCUUCAUUCUCCCUCCUCAUAAUACUUGGUGUAGAAACCUGUGUAGGGAUGCAAAAUUCCAAAUAGAUGAUUCUGUUCUGAAAAUGAGAAUCCUCUUCUAUCCCCCUUGGUUUGAGCCUGACGCCCACAAUUUGCCAGCUUCCUUCCCUCUUUCCUGUUUGUUCUCGCAGGUGAGUGCGUUGGUGAGAUCAAGAUGUACAGAAGAUGUGCAUUUUAUGUGUUUGGAAAGGAUGGUCUUGGGGCUUUUGAGAGAAAAGCUGCAUGGGCCCGGUGGUGCCUGUGGCUUGGUGCAGUCCGGGUACCUAGGCUGAAUUUGGAGUUAGGGCUAUGGGAACUCCCUGUGCUGCUUGCAGACCGUUCCCAUGGCGGGCCCGGGCCCUGGAGCAUGCGCCCAGGGGCAGAGCCUGCACUUACUCAUUCCCUUCUCCGCCGUCCUGGGAAUUGUUCACAGGCUCUGGCCCAGGAAAGGGAAAGAGCACCGUGCCGCAAGGGGCUCAAGUUUGUGCCGGAGUGUAGGAUUGGAGGUGGUGUAGGUUUCUUUGUAAUGCUUCAGUGAUUGUGUGACUCAGGCAGCAGCCAGCAGAGGGCAACAGGAGGUGAUCAGUAUCUGUCAAUGAUUAAGGUUAUAAUAAUCAUAACAACCAAAGAACACAUGAGUGAACCUAAACACCUGGAUUCUGAGUUCUAGAGUUAAUGCCUGGCAACAUUUGGACCCUCUGCCUUACCAUUCUUCUCAGGGAGGAGGUACAUUGGAGCAGAAGGGGAUGUUGGUGCUGACUGGAUUAGUAGCCUUAGUAAUGUCAUAGGGUCAUAGGCUUUUUUUUUUUUCCACACUGUAGACAAUAAAGAGUGUUUAUAGUUUCAGGAAGGGGAAAAAAAAAUAACUCCGUGGCAGAGGAAUCAGUUACCAGUGACCUUCAAGUGACUCUGCCACCUUGAAUUGUAUUUGUUUAAAAAUUAAAAACUGAGUUAGUUAUCAGCGUGCUGAUGGAAUGACGCCUGCUCUGGUUUUCUAAUGCGUGUAGGAUAGGCUGGAGCAGGGUCCUCUGGGCUUUGCUCUUGUCUUUGUGUGUGACUGGAGGCCUCUGGCACUCACCUUGAUUCACUUAGGGUCCUUCCCACAAGCAUCUGCUGGGCCUCACAUCUGCCCUUUCCCAGUGUUCCUCACAAAGUCAGUUCCAGUGGUUCUGAUGGAAAAUAUCCCCUCCACAUGGUGGCAAUGUCCACAGAGGUCGUCUAGGUCGACUGGACUGAGGAAUUGGUUCCAUGUCACUGUGGGACCAAUGGCGGUGGAGGAGGACAUGUUUGGGCUUGGGUCUCCGUGUGAUCGUGUGUAGGUAUAUUUGAGGACAGUCUUGCUUAGGGAAAAAGGUUGGCUUUUCUUUCUUGGAAAUCUAGAAGUAGGUAUAGCUGUAGCUUUCUACCAAAAUCUCGACAUCCGGAGAUUUUAGCAAAUAAAUCCAAGGAUACCUCUGUCCAGGCUCCUUUCUGGUAGGCUCUUUUGUCUCGGUUCAUAAAAGCCAAACCUCAGGGCAGGCAGAAAAACACGGAGGAGGGUAGAACUGGCCGGAGCCGUCUGGUUUUGCUCCUUGGUUGAUUCAUAUCCUUCUUCCUUUGUGGAGACCUGUUUCCUGGUUACUGAAACUGCUUCUGAGUUGGCGUCCUGCCCAGGGACCUGAAACUGGAGAAGAGGUGACCCUUCCGUUCCCUGAGAUGCUCUCUGACUUUCUUACCCUGUCACCUGCACUCCCCAAACCCAGAACCUGGGAAACAUCUCAGGUUUGAAAUCAUUGUUCUAUUCAGCACCCUACUUUUGAGCUUUCAUUCCCUGCUUGGCAGGGAAGAGAGAGAGAGAGAGUGUGUGUGUGUGUGUGUGUGUAUGAGUGUGUAUGUGUGUGUGUCAGAGCCAAGCUAGGUCCUGAGGACAAAGAUGUGCUCCACAUCCUGAGUCCUGAAGAAGAGGCUGAUUCCAUUUAAAGGGGUUUCACCAGGAUGUCACACCCUGCCUUGUCACAAAGGGCCACAGCAGCAGUUAGGGGAAGGGGCCGCCGAGCACAGACUUCGGGAGGAGCCUCUUAAGAAAGAGCAGUCUACAUCCUGAAUUUUGUUCUGUGAUGGAGGGCAUUGGAAUUACUAUUUUUCUUUGGAGUUGGAGUGACUGUUUGGAAUUAGAGUGACUAUAUUUUCUUACUAAUUUUCUUCAUGGGUAGGUCCCACAUCUUGGAAACUCCUUCAAGAAUCAGAUACUAGAGCCUUCAGUAAGGGAUUUGGUUUCACUGUGGCCUGGUUAGAGUGCUCUCUUGCUACGUCUGGCCACACACAUAGGUGGUCAUGGCUUGACAAGCCAGCUGGCCUUGUAGUAGCUCAUUGCUGUUUCUGCUUUGCCUUCUCUUUGCAUCAGCACUCGUACUCACCCAGGUAGUUGGUGGAGGGUCUUUUGGGGUCCCAUAGGAGCUGUGUCUUCAAAGUUUAUGUACCUCCUUGAAGGCCUGCUGUAUGCAUUACAUGACCCCUCUUAUCCUAGAAAGCUUAAGUGGGAGAGGGGCUCUUCCCCAUGAAGGCGAGGCCACCGUUCUUUCCCGGCUGUGCAAGUUUCCCAGUCCACUUAGUAGGCUCUGGCCCUGACUUGGUUGUAGGCAUUGGACGGUAAGCUGCUCCCUUAGAUCUCUGUCUGUGGGCCAUCUAGGUAGAUCUCUUUGUUUUCAACCUCACAGGGAUGUUGUGAGGUUUAGGAUGGUUAGGGAUGAAGGCUCCUUGAGCUCUUCCUCAAAAGGCAAACUAAUUAUCAGGUGCAAUCUCCAAAGGUAACAGCAUGAUUCAACCUGCUCGGUGCAGCAGUCGCUCGUGGUUGUGUUGCCUUUGCUCGGGGCCCCCCAUGCCGCCUCCCCCCCCCAGCGCCAGGCACCGGAGCCCGCCAGGGGCUUCCAGAUGUUGGACAUAGAGGCUCCAGGCGAACUCCUGCUAAUGCAUGCUCGGAAUGAAGCACUGAAUCACAAAGGAAACGGACCCUGCUUGUAAGGAUGUACAAAAGUAUGUCUGCAUUGAUGUCUGUACUGUAAAUUUCUAAUUUAUCAACUGUA